GAUAGAUACUAGUAGCACUACACUGUACUAACCUCUCUUAUUAUUUUUCGGACUCAUAAUAAAUAUUUUACCAAUCAGGGAAUAUGAUGUUAGUGAUCAAAUUUCUCCACACAAAAAUUGACUGGUUUUGAUCCAAUAAACACUCAAUGCUUCGCCACAAAUUACUCAAAAUCUAUUUUUAGGAUUUUCUUCCUAAUGUCUCUAUAAAAACCUUAGUUUUUCCCAUUUUCACUAAUUUUGUUAUAUCGUAAAUAAAUAGGUCCGUUUAAUUUAUUUAUUUUAUUCCAUCUUCUUUGUAACAGUCGUGUGUUUGGUGGUGUUCCAUCCCAAGAAAAUUAUUUCCAUAUCUCAUCACCUACAUAUUUUCGGUUGUUACAAAAGAAAAUUCACACACACAAUUAAAUCGGCAUUUUUAGAAAAUUCUAUUUUUUCAUAUUUUUUUCUCGUAAUUAUGGGGUUUCUCCAUAAACUUUGGGACGAAACACUGGCCGGACCGCCUCCGGACGCCGGCCUCGGCAAGCUGCGCAAAUAUAACUCUUUCUCCGCCUCGAGAUCCGCCACCGCCCUGCCCCAAUUCGACGCCAACCAGGCCCGGAUCACCCGGAGCAUCACCGUCGUGCGCCGUGAUGCUCUACGUAACCUAAACCUAAAUGUCGACGUCGGAUCACCGUCGACACCUUCCUCCGCCACCAGCUCCACCUCUAGCUCUCCGUUCUCACCAAAUUCUCCAGGAGGGAAUUUUAAGAAAUGGUUGAGGAGGAAACCGACAACGGGUGGAGGAGGGUUGCACAAUUCCGACCAUGAGAGUAAGAAUUUUCAUGAUUGGAUUCUGAUCGUAAAUUCUUUGGAUCGCUGAGUUUAUUUCAAAGAGGAAGUGAUGAAUUUGUUCAAAAAAAUUAUAUAUAUGUAUGUAUGCAAAUAAGUUAACCUUUUUGGGUAAGUUUUGCAUGUAAAAAUUAAACCAGAUGAUGGAGAAAAUGUAAAGGAAAGAAAAAAUCAUCUGUUUAGGAUCUCUAAGUAAUGCUUCUGAGAAGAGUAGAGAGAGGGAAAGUCGAGUUAUUAUUUUAUUCCUCAUUUAUGGGGAUUUUCUUUUUCUUUUGGAUAUAUUUUGUCAUUUUAAUUGACAAUUAGGGAUUUUCUUUUAUAUACUAUUGUUUGGGGGGAUUUGAUUCAUGUACAUAAGGUUUUUUUUUGGGUUGUAAAUAUGUUAUUUUUGUAUUUGAACUUCUCUCAUGAAGCAGUA